AUGUCUACUAAUGAGGCCAGCAUUGAGAAUUUUGUUCAAACGCAUUCUAACUGGGUUUACCUAAUAUUUCACUGGCAGGACCAGCAAGUUGAUCUACGAAAGCUCAGUCUAGCUAUACCUGCUUUUCUACGCCGGUCACGACGAAGGCAUCACCAUAGGGAUCACCUCAAGCAUGAUGACAUGAAUACAGAGACAGGAAAGAAGGAUCACAUCCACGUUUUGGGCUUAUACCUGGACGAUCAGGCGUGUCAGGCCAUUAAAAGUGGACAAGAAUGGUUCAUUACUUUAACAAGUCUUUCAGAUGAGUAAAGUCUUGUCGCAGAGAUAAGUGAAAAAGGCUUUGGUGGCAUAGCGGUUGUCUUCAUAGAUCUGGAUGUCUUCUAUAACUCCAUAUGUGCAUACCUUACUCAGAAUGAACGAGCGAUUGUUGAAUCAAAGGUGAUUCUGCAUUCACAUCAUGGACACAGACGUCAUGAGCAUGGUGGUCAUCAUCACAGCAGGAACCAUCACCACAGCCGCCACCACCAUCAUCACUCUCUUCUUCCUUAUGGCAGCCAUGGUCACCAUCCCCAUGGACAUCAUCAACAUGGACAUCAUCAACAUGGACAUGGUCAUCGUCACCAUGGUCGUCGUCAUCAUCAUCACCACCAUCUUCCAAUAAUUCCUCAAUGCAACAUAACCAUGGAAGAACGGCAUGGUGUGGAGUGAUCUUAAUACGUAAUAC